AUGAUAUCCAAGGGAUACUGUGUAUCUAUUUGGGACAUGUGCUGGGCUAUUACUGACAUUAUUUAUGCAGAAUCCCAAUUUGUUGAACAUAGCCCAUCAAUAACGAUUCAAAACAGUACAGAUACACUAGUCCUAAAGGGACUACCAAAGGUGCGCAGCACUGCCCUCCAGACAUUUAAUAGUAAUAUGUGUGAUAGUAUUGAUCUACCUAACACAUGUUCACAGGAUAUUAUAUAUGAUAUGGCGACUCUGUUAAGAACAGAAGUUAAUAAAGAAGAGUUUUCAGAUGUACAUACCAACGCACCGACUAUGGAAAAAGAAUACAUUAAGGAUAUUCCUUCAGGACAUGUGGUUCAUCUACAAGAUCAUAACAUCUACCCGUUGAUAAAAUUUCUAUUAUGUACUUUAGUUAUAGCAGAGCAAAUAAGACGAAUUGAAAAUUUUGUUAAGGAUGGCAGUUCUAGUCAUCAACAAUUUCAAAACACUACAUCUCUUUGA